UCCCAUUCAAUAGAUAUCAUAGUCAACAUUAGAAUGCAAGUGGUACGUACUCGAUCUUAUCGUAAUUACCUACUAGUAUAGAGUAUGUGUGUUUAGAAGAUGGUAACCCCAAUAACUUAUUUAAGCUUUUCUCACUUAAAUGUUUUUAUUCCUUCACAUAACUUUCCAUUAUCAUUGUAAACAGCCAUUGUUGAUCUCUUGUAAUCUGUAAUGGAAGUCGUGAGUCCAGUCCUCGAUAUAUUCUCACGUCUAUGGACUUGUUCUGCUCAUAAUAUAAAUUAUGUUCGUAAACUCAAAGAAAAUCUAAAUAAUUUGGAGAUUUCAUUUAAUUCAUUGAGAUGUAAAAAAGAUGAUGUAAUUAAGAGAGUUGAGAUGGCAGAGUCGAACCCAGUUGAACCAGCAAAGCGCACAAAUGUGGUUAGUGAUUGGAUCCAGAGAGUACAAGCCUUAGAGACUGAAGUACAGAGGAUUUUAGACGACAACGAAGCUAUCAAGAACGAUGGAGGUUGCUAUUUCUGUUGUUGGGGUCGAAAAAAUUGUCCAAGUGCUUACAAACUUGGGAAGUUAGUGAUGGAAAGGAUUAAUGCUGUACACAAUUUGUUGGAAGGUGAUUUCCAAGAUGUCACUUAUAGAUCUCAACCGGAUCCUCUUCAACAAAUUCCCACCGUCGAAGUUAUGGGCAUGGAUUCAAAAUUCAACGAGGCACUGGAGUUAUUGGUUAACCAGGGAAAUGAUGUGGGAAUCGUAGGUUUAUAUGGAAUGGGAGGAGUUGGAAAGACAACUCUUUUACAGAAGCUUAACAAUGAGUUUUCCGAAAGAAAACAAUUCGAUUUAGUAAUUUUUGUUGUGGUGUCCAAAGAUCUGAACAUAAAAAGUAUUCAGAACCAGAUUGGAGAGAAACUGGGAAUAUCAUGGAGAGAAGAAACUGAAAUACAUAAGAGAGGCAGCGAUAUUUUCAAAAUGUUACAGAAUAAGAAAGCGUUGCUGUUGUUAGAUGAUAUCUGGGAAGGCAUUGAUUUAGAAACAAUUGGAGUUUCAAAGAACACCAUUCAAAUAACGGAAUCUAAAAUCGUAUUCACCACAAGAAGUCAGCAAGUGUGUGGGUUUAUGGAAGCUGAUAAAAGAAUUAAAAUAGAGUGUUUAGACGAGGAUCAAGCUUGGAUCCUAUUUAAACAAAAGGUCAAGCAAGAAGCGCUAAGUUGUCAUCCAGAUGUACCUGAAGUUGCCAGAAAAGUUGCGAAAGAAUGUCGUGGUUUACCUUUAGCUCUCAUCGCUAUUGGUCGAACCAUGUCUAGCAAAACCGAUCUCCAACAAUGGCAAUACGCACUACAUACUCUACAGGAAUCCGCAUCACAGUUUUCAGGUAUGACCAAUCAAGUAUUAGCUAUUAUGAAGUACAGCUACGAUAAUCUAGAAAACCAAAAGUUGAAGUCUUGUUUCUUGUAUUGCUCCCUAUACCCCGAAGACUGUUCAAUUUAUAGGCACGAACUCGUUGCUCUUUGGUUAGGUGAAGGAUUUUUGGAUAAUGUCGAUGAUAUGGUGAAAGCAAAAAAUGAAGGUCACGAUGUGAUUAGAUGUCUUAAGGAUGCGGGUUUGUUAGAAACUGGUAUUGUAUUUGGAGUAAAGAUGGAAAAUCUGGUAAAAAUGCAUGAUAUAGUUCGUGAUUUGGCAAUUUGGAUAGCUUCGGAUCUUGGGAGAAAAAAAGGAACGUAUUUAACGUUACAAGCCGAAAGCACACUGAAGCUCCAUGAAUGGGAGAAAGCAGAGCGGAUCUCUUUGAUAGACAAUAAAGCAAUUCAAAUACUUAAGGGAGCACCACGCUGCUCUAAUCUCUCAACUUUAUUGCUUCAAAAAAGUAGCAUUUCUGUUGUAUCAGAUGACUUUUUCCGAUUCAUGCCCAUGCUUAGAGUAUUAAAUAUGUUUAGCAUGAAACUCAAGAAAGUCCCAACAAGCAUAUUUUCACUAUCGGAGUUACAGUAUCUGCAAUUGCCAAAAUACGAUGAGGAUGCUGUUCUAACACCGGGGAGUUUUACUUCUCUUACAAAAAUGAAGGACUUGAUCUUAUCUGACUCGUGUUGUCACUGGGAAGAUGAAGGAGGACCAAGCCUCCAUGAAUUCGAGAGCUUAAAUUUAAUUUACCUUCAAAUCGCAAUUGGAACGGGUCUUGCUCUUCAGAGGUUAGUAGUCAAUCCAAAAUUACAAUUGUGCACAAGAAAUUUACUCAUUAAAUAUUGUCCAAGCAUCACUUCCCUCACACUUUUACCAUCUUCACCAUCGUCACCAUUAUCAUUAUUUAGUCUUGAACACAUGAUUGCACUUAGACUGAGAAACUGUGAUGAAUUAGAAGAUUUGAGAAUCAUGAGUCGGGAUAAUGAGGUUACUGUGUUCACAACCUUGGAGCUUUUAUCCAUUAAUGACAUGCCAAAGUUAAGGAUUGUAUGGGAUGUGCCUCAACAACCAAGGUUCUACUCUGUGAACCUUAAACAUGUAACUAUUCAAGGUUGUCCUCGGUUGAAGGAUACUACAUGGCUGAUCUAUGCUCAGAAUCUCGAGGCGCUUUCCUUGAUUGAAUUGGAUGGAUUAGAAGAGGUAAUAUCUGAUGGAUUUGCAACCGAAGAGAAGUUAACAAGUACAUUUUCCAGAUUAAAUUAUUUGAGAUUGAACUCUUUAAGGAAUCUAGAAAGGAUAUGUGACUAUAAUGUGAAAUUCUUUCUUUUGGAAAAUGUAUUCGUGUCGGAGUGUCCACAACUCAAGAAGCUACCAUUUAACAGCAAUUGCGUAAUACCCGGCACUUUAAGGAUGAUUAAGGGAGAGGAGGAAUGGUGGGAAAGCCUCGAAUGGGAAGAUGAACCCACCAAAUUUAGUCUAGCUCCUUAUUUUCGUGACAACGGAUAUUAAUUUGUAUUAUGCAUUAGUUUCUGGUGGAAUGUUUAAUUUUGAUAUCGAGUCUUAGUUGUAGUUUUUGUCCAGUUCAGUUUA